GGCCGCCGCCGGGGCCCCGCGCGGGCUCCGCCUGCCCCCGGUGCCGCGGCUGCUGCUGCCGGCGGGGCCCGACGGAGCGGGGGGCAGCGGCGGCAGGGGCCGGGCCGGGCCGGAGCGCGGUCGCCACGGUGACCGUGGCUAUGGCGGCCUCCCUGGUCCCUCACCGGGGCAACUGUUGCUACCCGCCUAGGCGGCGGGCGGGGCCGUCCGCAUAGGUCCCGCCCGUCAUUCCCUAUUGGCUCUCACUCUCCGCUGACGCAUGCUGGUUGGUUAAGCUACGCGUCGCUCCGCUCAAGCCCCGCCUCCCACUAGCUUCAUUGGUUGUUCUGUGCGUCUAUCAGCGCUUCCUGAGGGAGGUGUGCAGGGCGGGUCCGCGCGGGGAGCUGGCGCAAAGCUAUUGGCCAGCGGGGCUGCCGAUCGGUACGAGGGGUGAGCGUGCCGCGGGCAGCGAGGACUGCCGGGAGAUGUAGUCUCUGGCGGUGGAGGUGCCUCGUGUCGUCACGGAGGCGUGACGCCGUCUCUGGGCUGUUUUCGCGGCGUUCUUCCCUAACUGGCGCUACCGAGGGGUUUAAUUAAUUAGCGUUGUGACAGGGAGAACGAGCGGUUUAAUCGGGAAGUUCAGCCGUGGCGACUUUAGGACCCAGAGGCGCUGACUGUGCCUGCGGGCUUUCCUAAGGCCGCUAUCGGACCUUUAAACGGCUACAAUUAUUCUACAGAGUUAUGUCGGGUCUCGAUUUGCCGCAGCGUUCCCUCCGCCGGGCCUGGGCUGGCGCUCGGCGCUGCCUGCACACGACGGUCCCCGCCCGCUCCCCGCCCCUCAUCCCCAUCGUUGUGGAGCAGACGGGCCGGGGGGAACGAGCCUACGACAUCUACUCGCGGCUGCUGCGGGAGCGCAUCGUUUGUGUCAUGGGGCCGAUCGAUGACAGCCUGGCUAGCCUGGUGAUCGCCCAGCUGUUGUUCCUGCAGUCUGAGAGCAACAAGAAACCCAUCCACAUGUACAUCAACAGUCCCGGGGGCUCGGUGACCUCGGGGCUGGCCAUCUACGACACGAUGCAGUACGUGCUGACCCCGGUGUGCACGUGGUGCGUGGGGCAGGCAGCCAGCAUGGGCUCGCUGCUGCUGGCGGCCGGUGCGCCCGGUAUGCGCCACGCGCUGCCCAACGCCCGCAUCAUGGUGCACCAGCCCUCAGGGGGGGCCCGGGGCCAGGCCACUGACAUCGCCAUCCAGGCCGAGGAGAUCCUGAAGCUGAAGCGCCAGAUCAAUGGGCUCUACGCCAAACACACAGGGCAGCCACUGCCUGUCAUCGAAGCUGCCAUGGAGCGGGACCGGUACCUGAGCCCGGUGGAGGCACAGGAAUUUGGGCUCCUGGACCAGGUGCUGGUGCAUCCCCCGCCACGUGGUGAGGAUGAGCCUCGGCUGGUGCAGAAGGAGCCCCCCAACAGCCCCGCUGGGCCCCCCCAAGUCCCCCCGGCAUGCUGAGACCCCCCCCCCAGCAGUAUUGGGGCACACCUUGGGAGUGGGGGAGCUCUAGGACCCCCUCCCUCCUGCUGUACUCCUGUGUGGAAAUAAAGGGCUGUGGAACCCAAGCCAUCACCGGGUACCGGGAGACGGAGCAGGGCCUGCGGGAGGGCGCGGGGCGGGCGCUGCUGCUCCGGGUGACCCCCGCGUUCCCCCCUCGCCGCCCUCCCCGGCCCAGCGCCCACGUCCUCGACCUCCUGCCGG